UUGAAAACAUUCCUUAGGUUCUUUGGUUCAAAGUUGGGUUCGAAAACAUCAUUUUUGCCUAAAAAUGACCUAGAACGUACGACCCAAUUAGCCUUAAAUGUGACUACUACGUAUAUAAUUGCAUUUACAUGUGUAAACAAAGUAUAUAAUUGCACUUACAUGUAAAAUAUUCUUUGCAUUUACAUGUGUAAACAAAGUAUAUAUAAUUGCAUAUUUUAUCGAAUGUGUAGUGCUUUUCGGAGUUACAAGAGACUAGGUGGACAAUCUAAGGGAACUAAAUUAACAUGGAUUCCAGCACAGUGUGCUCAACAACCGGGAUCACUAGAUUGUGGCUACUACGUCAUGCGUUUUAUGUACGACAUAAUAAUGAAUCAUGCUAAUAGUCAAGAUCUUACUAAGGAUUUUUCAAGAACAUUGCCUUAUUCAGCGGAGGAGAUUAAUGAGGUGAAAGAUUUUUGGGCAGAUUACUUCAUGAACAAUGUCGAAUUUUUAGCUUAAUUUGUAAUAUGAACUUGAUCUCUAGCUAUAUAGCUACGUACCUUUGUUGUAAUAAUUUUAUGUUUGUUGUAACAUGUUGGUUGAUCGAUCUAUGACGAAUUUAAUUGCCUUUUAUUGGGAACGUUAAUUACGUUGUAAACUUUUGUGACAGGUAUUAAUUAUAAAUGUAUUCCCUGUAUUGGGAAUGAACCGUCUAAUUUCAAAGACGAUCAUGUCGGAAUUUCCAACUAAUAUUAAAAAACGAAUAUUUUUUUUAAUAAAAAUAAGUCAUUUGCAACGCACGUUAGCUCAAUGUGCGAGGCAAAUGACUUAAUUUUUUGGCGCUAAAAUUGUCAUUUGCGUCGCACAUUAAGCUAUUGUGCGUGGCAAAUGAC